AUGAGCGACUUUGACGACUGCGGCAGCCGCGGGGCCUCCAACAUGUACCUCCCCGGGUGCGCCGCCGCGGCCGCCUAUUACGUGUCCCCCUCGGAUUUCUCCGGCAAGCCCCCGUUCCUGCCCCAGUCGCCUUCCUGUCAAAUGACUUUCUCCUACGCCGCCAAUCUGCCUCCCCAUGUGCAACCGGUGCGCGAAGUGGCGGCGUUCCGGGACUACGCGGCCGGCGGCGGCGGCGGCGGCGGGGGCGGCGGCGGCGGCGGCAAGUGGCCCUACCGGGGCAGCUACGCGCCCAGCUACUACGAGGAGGUGAUGCACGGCAGGGACUUCCUGCAGCCGCCCGCCCGCCGGAGCGACGUGCUCUUCAAGAGCGACCCCGCCUGCGGCGCCCACCACGGGGCCGCCGCCGCCGCCGCCGCCGCCGCCGCCGCCGCCAACUUCUACGGCUCCGUGGGCAGAAACGGCAUCCUCCCGCAGGGCUUCGACCAGUUCUACGAGGCGGGCCACGGCAGCGGCGCGCCCUACCCGGAGCAGGCGCCGGGCGACAAGGGCGACCUCAAGCCCCCGGGCGGCACUUGCGGCAAGCCCUCGCCCCCGCCGAGCCCGGAGAAGAAAGUGCCAAGCGCGGGCGGCGCGGAGUCCCCCUCGGGGCAGGCCGGGCCGGAGAAGAGCGGCGGGGCAGCACUUCCCCAGAGAUCUCGGAAAAAGAGAUGCCCUUACACCAAAUAUCAGAUAAGAGAACUGGAACGGGAAUUUUUCUUCAACGUGUACAUAAACAAAGAGAAAAGACUACAGUUGUCCAGAAUGCUGAACCUCACAGAUCGACAAGUUAAAAUAUGGUUCCAAAAUCGACGGAUGAAAGAAAAGAAAUUGAACAGGGAUCGCCUACAGUAUUUCACGGGGAACCCCUUGUUUUGA